CUUCCUCCUUCGCCUUCCCUCCCGUCGUCGCUUCUCUCUUUAUUUCCUCCGAGAGAGAGAGAGAGCGAGAGAGGUAGAAGAGCAGAGAUGGCCGAUUCGUUGGUUCUGAGAGGGACGAUCAAGGGUCACUCGGACGUGGUCACGGCAAUUGCCACCCCGAUCGACAACUCCGACGUGAUAGUCUCCUCCUCCCGCGAUAAGUCCGUCCUUUUAUGGAACCUCACCAAGGAGGAGGGCCCCGACUACGGCGUUCCCCGCCGCCGCCUCACCGGUCACUCCCAUUUCGUUCAGGACGUCGUUCUAUCCUCUGAUGGACAGUUCGCGCUCUCCGGAUCUUGGGACUCUGAGCUCCGACUCUGGGACCUCAACACCGGUCUCACGACCCGGCGCUUUGUCGGGCACACCAAGGACGUGCUAUCAGUCGCUUUCUCCGUCGACAACCGCCAGAUCGUGUCCGCCUCCCGGGACCGUUCCAUCAAGCUCUGGAACACGCUCGGAGAGUGCAAGUACACGAUCCAGGACGCCGAUAGCCAUACCAACUGGGUAAGCUGCGUGAGAUUCUCGCCCAAUACCUAUUCCCCCACCAUUGUCUCCGGUUCGUGGGACAAGACCGUGAAGGUCUGGAACCUCACUAACUGCAAGCUCAAGUGCACUCUCGCUGGCCACACCGGGUAUGUCAACACCGUUGCAGUCUCCCCGGACGGUUCGCUCUGCGCCAGCGGCGGCAAAGACGGCGUCACCCUACUUUGGGACCUUGCCGAGGGGAAGAGGCUUUACUCCCUCGAUGCGGGCGGUAUCAUCCAUGCCCUUUGCUUCAGCCCCAACAGGUACUGGCUCUGCGCAGCCACCGAGGACAGUGUGAAGAUCUGGGACCUGGAGAGCAAGAGCAUUGUUCAGGAGCUCAAGCCUGACAUCACUGCUGGAAAGAACAAGAUGCUAUACUGCACCAGUUUGAGCUGGAGUUCGGAUGGAAGCACUCUGUUCACUGGAUACACUGAUGGUGCAAUUAGAGUUUGGGGAGUAGGCCGUUAUUAGCUAAAAUAGUAUUGAUAAGUACUUAAGAUCAUGAUUCUUGUCCUUGGAAUGGUUAGAGAACAUGCAAUGUUUUUGACUUUUACCGUUGAGGCUGAUGAACUAGCUUCAACAUUUUUGUCUAUUUUUUUGCCUUUUCUUUUUGAAAUUUCGGUCCAGAGAAUCGUGACAUUAAUUGGUUAUUAGUCUCUGUUUAAAUUCUUGAAUA